GAUCGAUGAGACACAUGUUGCUACAGAUGCAUCACAGCAUACACUCGUCAAAAUGAGGGCAGUCGAAUCGGUCUCCAUAGCUCCCAAGAAUCGUCAGACUAUCCACACGUCUCUCUUGUUCGACUCCAAAUCCAAAUCAUGGUCUCGAGACAUUUCACUCGUCGUAUCCCUAAAAACUGGUAAUAUCGUUUCAACAUUUCAUCGCGAUGGACAGACAGAGAUCGCACUGGAUGAUAUCGAUCUACGAGGUCUUACUGUUAUCCCUGGCCUCGUUGACGCUCAUACGCACAUCUUUCUCCACUCUUAUGACGAAACGCCAUCCAUCAAUCAAGAACGGGAUGAAUCUGAAGUCGAGCGGAUUCUCCGAGCCUCAAACCAUCUCAAAGCGGCUCUGAAAGCAGGCUACACGACAUACAGGGAUCUUGGGACAGAAGGCAUGAGAGAUCUCGAUACAGGGGUCCGGAACGCAGUGAAUCGAGGCAUCAUUCCUGGACCAAGACUCUUCGUAGCUACCGAAGCUUUGGCCAGUCCAGGAGGUUACGAAGUCCGAAUCGAAUCAAAAGAUCAGGGGACAACGACUGGACGCAUAUCUGAUCCUUGUUCUGGAGUUGACGGGGUUCAAGCAGCUGUCAGGAGGCGACUUGGAGCAGGGGCGGAUCUCAUCAAGUUUUAUUCUGCUUACAGACAAAGGUCGCUCCGAUUCCCUCCUGCGGCUUGGCCAGGUGCGUUGCCAAUACAACAUCCUCCUGGUCAAGUCGAAGACGACGAAGAUGAGGGCGGAGACGCACUCUUUGCCAAUGAGGCUGACCCUCCAACUCCGUUGUUCACGUUGGAAGAGAUGAAAGCCAUUGUUGCGACUGCAAAGCGGUCGAAGUGUCCAGUCGCAGCUCACACGACUGGUCCAGAGAUGGUCAUUGAGGCUGCCAAAGCAGGAGUCACAACUGUCGAACAUGGCUACAGACGGUCAAAAGAGUCUAUCAAGGCUCUCAAGGAGAAUGGGACGAUCUACGUUCCCACCUUGGCCGUCGCGGAAGAGCUGUCGCCCAAGCUUUUGAACGAGGCGCUCGAACAGGUCUACGAUGCCUGGAAUAGCGGUGUAAGGAUGGCUUGUGGUGGCGAUACCGGAGCUUUCAAUCACGGCGAAAAUCUGAAAGAACUCCUGCUCUUUGAGAGGGCAGGUAUACCGCUCGAAGCUGUCCUGGAAGCAGCCACUAUGGGCGGAUGGGAGGCCUGUGGAGGGGAUUGGUGUGGAAGGCGAUUCGGCUCGUUGGAGAAAGGUUGGGCAGCUGAUCUGGUAGCGAUCAAGGGGGAUCCCCGAAACGGUGGGAUAAAAUGCUUGUGGAAUCCCGAGUGGGUCAUCAAGGAUGGCAAGGUCGUAGUAGAGGAGGCAAAAUUAGUAGUGUAACGCUUUAAAUGCAUCG